AUGUCUUCUACUCCCGAGUCGACGCCUCCUUCCCCCGGCUGUCCGAAUAUCUUUAGCAUACGGGUUGUCUCGCUCGACUACUACAUGGCUGCGCCUAUCACUGGUCUGGACUUCUGCGACAGCCCCUGCUUCCAAGGUAGAUGCACCUGCCAAUUGAGUCUCCUCCUCGUACCCCUGGUGACGUCUUGUUGCGAGUUUUCGCUUUCAGUUUUUUCUUUUUUUAGCAGUGUGGCCGUUGAUGAUGACCUCUCCUUUUCCUCCGGCAGGUAGGAGAGUGGAGGAGGUCCCCGUCAUCCGGAUUUAUGGUUCUACCUUAGCGGGACAGAAGGCUUGCCUGCAUGUUCAUCGGGUACGCUAUUUUCUAUUCCUUGUCACCUCUUCUUCCAUGUUCGUUCAUACUAAGCUUUGGUUUGACGUCAUGUUUUGAUAACUUAUUUUCUAAAUUGGUGCAUAUUUAGAAAUAUUUUUGUCCUGAUUUUGAUGAUUCUGGUGUUAUCUGUCAUUCUGGUUUGAGAUGGCACGUCACUGAUAUGAAACAUGAAUCAUGACUAACAUUUUCUCCAAGGAUUUUGUGUUGGAACAUGAUGCAAUUACUUCGGUCAAGAUGGAAGAUAGUCGCUGCUUCUUUAUAGGCCCAAACCAAAGCAUGGAUAUGAUGAUACGUUUAUGGCCUCAUCGCCAUCAGUACAGUGGAACCAUCGAAUAAAGAUACAUGGAUGAACGUUUAAACAUGAUGGUGUGUUUAUAACAAUGUUAAACUUUCUCUACGUGCUAUAUGACAAAAAUUCGAUGAUCAAAAGCAUAUAUUAGCGUUAGUUUAUAAAUAUGCGAGGUUGUAAAAUUAUGCUAUCUGGAAAUGUGAGGUUUUAAAAUGCUUUCUUUCUUAUCUUUCUCUUUUUAAUUUAUUUCUGUAGGCCUUGCCUUAUUUAUACAUUCCUUGUUCCGAGCUUGAGAUGUCCAAAGAAGGUAAUAUUUUCUCCCUGUAAUUUAAGAUUAUCUUAUUUUUUUCUAUAUUUUUUAUUAAUUUAGUGUUUAUAGAUUUUUACUAAAAAGGAAUAGUAGACAUUCAUGUCUUCUAUAAUUUUCGUCCUUUUUUUGAAAGUGGUGGUAACACAUGAUCAUUAUGUACAAGUGUGUGCUUGGUGAAUUCUCAAAAAAGCCUCCUAUGCAUUGACUGGGUCCUCACCAAGAUAUGUAGACCAUGCCAGAAACCCAGCAUUCCCAAAAUAGUAGUUUUGAAUUAUUGGACAAGAGUCAUGUCCAAAUUUCCAAAAAGUUUGUUGACUUCAUUUGGUUAUCUUGACUUUGCAGUACCACACCUUCAAAUGGAUGCUUUGCAAUGCCUUGUUUUAUCCUUCGGAAGAAUGAGCAGCAUAUUAUUCAUAUAAAAAUAGAAAAAAAAAAAUGAAACUAAUCCGUCGUACUCAAAAGAAAAUUGUCAAUUUUUUCCUUACUUUUAGACAUCAACAGAAUUCAUUUCUAUAUUGUUCCAUACUCUAGAGGAUAAUUAAGAUUAUAGCCAGCUGGAUAUUAACGGAAUUGAAAAUUGGACAUAUGUAAUUGCUUGAUGUGGAGAUAUGUUCUGUAGUAUUGGGAGUUUGAACAAGGUUUACUGAAUGAUUCUUGAUUCUUAAGAGCCUUCUUAGUUGUCUACUGCGGCUAGUUCAACAUCUUUUAUUGAAUGAUUAAACUUAUCAACUUGUAACAUCAACGAUUGAUCAAUGAUUAGCCACAUGGGGUUUUUGCAGCUCUGAUUAUCUUCAUCGUUUUAGUCUGCAAAAUACUUUUAUUCAUCUAUUCCCAAAGCUUACCUUCAUUUUUUUGUUUACUUUAUUUUUAAAGUUUGGAACUAUACAGAUUCAUUGAUGAAGCAUGUUUGCUAGGGUAGUUUCUCUUGAAUGUAGAAAUAAUUUGAAUUUGGAGUUCCAGGAAUAGUUUUUAAGGUGUGGCCUAGUCGAGAAGAUGACCAAGAUGCAUUGGUGUCUAUAAGCAACAAGUGAUGUUAAGGAAACAGCGUUGUUCAUAUUGUGCAUUUUUGAACAUCAUGUUCGUGUCACACGUUAUGAACAAUCAUUCUCGUUUCUAUCACAUAAAUCAAUAAACUAUUAGUUUUGUGAUUUCUUAAAUAAAAUUAUCCAUUUUUAUUCCGUUGUUGGUUUUUAUUUUUCAUCUCCCCUACAAAGUAGUUGAAUUAUUGAUUAGCCUCAUGAUUCUCCAGGUAACUCCCUAUAAAAUAGAAAAGUAAUAAUUUUUAUUUCGAUAUUGAUUUUUAGUUUUCCUCUCCCCUACAGAGUAGUUGAACUAUUGAUUAGCCUUAUUAUUCUCCAGAUAUUUCCCUAAAAACUACCUAAAUAUUAUGAUAACUUCCUUCUAAUUUGUGGCGUUUUAACUACAUGCGACCUAGGUCAAAUUUAUUUGAACGAAGUAUCUGAUGCUGUUGAAAGGGCGUUGCAGGUAUUAUAUGUUUACUUGAUGUUUAAAGCAUUCUUUUCUUUCGAAAUUGAUAUGACAUUUUUCAUCUGAAAUGAUUUCUGUUAAGGGCACGUAUGGAUUGAAAAAACAACAUGUACACGGGUGCUGUCUUGUUCGAGCAAAGAAAUUUUAUGGUUAUCAUUCUGCAGAGGAGUUAUUUGUGAAGAUCUACUUGUAUCCACUUUAUCAGUUUGGUGCUUUCCUGUGA